CACUUCCGCCUCGGUGUCAGUGGGUCGCGGGCCUGCGGGGCGGGGGCGGGGCGGGCAGCUGGGCUCGGCCGGCGCCGGAGGAACCGCGGUCCAGAUCCCCGUGCCUGCUGGAGUUUACGGGAAAGCGUUGGUCGCGUGGCAUUUCUUACACCGUCCAUGUAGCCCACACGAUGCUUCCGUAGAAGCCGGACCUCGGCGCGGAGGAGCCUGGCUGCCGAAGGAUGAACGGAGAGGAGGAGUUCUUCGACGCCGUCACAGGCUUGGAUUCUGAUAACUCUUCUGGGGAAUUUUCAGAGGCGAAUCAGAGAGUCACUGGAGUGGUUCAUGUGGACACCAGCAAAAGUAAUGGGAUUGGAAAAGUGGGGGAGAGGCCUCCGCAGGGGAACGGAGUUCGGAAGCGCAGGACGUCCCUGCCCGCCCCGAUGUUCACGAGAAGCGACUUCAGUGUGUGGAGCAUAUUGAAAAAAUGCAUCGGCUUGGAACUGUCCAGAAUCACCAUGCCCAUCGUCUUCAACGAGCCCCUGAGCUUCCUGCAGCGGAUCACCGAGUACAUGGAGCACGUGGACCUCGUCCACAGGGCCUCCCGCCAGCCCCAGCCUCUGGAGAGGAUGCAGUCCGUAGCUGCCUUCGCCGUCUCGGCCGUGGCAUCGCAGUGGGAGAGGACCGGCAAGCCGUUCAACCCGCUCUUGGGAGAGACCUACGAGUUAAUCAGGGAGGAUUUAGGGUUCCGAUUCAUAUCCGAGCAGGUCAGCCACCACCCCCCCAUCAGCGCCUUUUACUCGGAGGGCCUCCGCCAGGACUUCCUGUUUCACGGCUCCAUCUACCCGAAGCUCAAGUUCUGGGGGAAGAGCGUGGAGGCCGAGCCGCGCGGCACCAUCACGCUGGAGCUUCUCAAGCAUAAGGAAGCCUACACGUGGACCAACCCCACCUGCUGCGUCCACAACGUGAUCAUCGGGAAGCUGUGGAUAGAGCAGUACGGGGCGGUGGAGAUCCUCAACCACAGAACUGGAGAUAAGUGUAUACUUCACUUCAAACCCUGCGGACUGUUUGGAAAAGAGCUUCACAAAGUGGAAGGUCACAUUCAAGACAAGAACAAAAAGAAGCUCUUUAUGAUCUAUGGCAAGUGGACCGAGUGCUUGUGGGGCAUAGACCCGGUUGCCUACGAGGCCUUCAGGAAGCAGGAGCGGAGAGGCGACCCCCCGAGGAAGGCGAAGUCGGAUGCCGACCCCGAGAAGGCUGACGGCGAUGGGGCGGACACCGUGCCCGGGGCUCAGGAGACGGUGCAGGUCAUUCCAGGCAGCAAGCUCCUCUGGAGGGUCAACGCCCGGCCCCCCAACUCCGCCCAGAUGUACAACUUCACCAGCUUCACCGUGAGUCUCAACGAGCUGGAGACGGGCAUGGAGCAGACCCUGGCCCCCACGGACUGCCGCCUGCGCCCCGACAUCCGGGGCAUGGAGAACGGCAACAUGGACCUAGCGAGCCAGGAGAAGGAGCGGCUGGAGGAGAAGCAGAGGCAGGCGCGGAGGGAUCGGGCCAGGGAGGAGGCCGAGUGGCAGACGAGGUGGUUUCACCGAGGCAUUAACCCCCACACCGGGACCCCCGACUGGCUGUACACAGGGGGCUACUUUGAGCGGGAUUUCUCAGGCUGCCCAGACAUCUACUGAGGGCCCGGACUGGCCCCGGACCCGGGGACCGGAGCGGCUGGACUCGGCCGAGCAGCUGUUCUGAGCUUCGGUCACGGCAGAAACUGUUGCUGGCGGGGCUCCGUCCCUGGCUGAGGACUUCAUUCUAAUUAACCUGUGGUUGCCAAACAUUUUCCUACUGGUGCGGUCUCUUCAUACAGCUUCGCUUGGGUCAUCGUGUUUCCGUUAAGGGUUGAAGAGGAAAAUUCUUUGCGAUUCCCUUUUGUGUGACAGGCCGGGCCGGGGCUGAACGGGCCAGCAGUGCCUCCGAAUCUGAGUAUAAACAAGGGAAGUAACAGGAGAGGCUCGGCCUGCUCCUCUCGAUGUGGGGCAGAGGGUUUCUGAAGGUGUUUUAACUCGGAACCAGCAACAGGAAAAGGUGGCUCUGGAAAAAAAAUCCCUCAAAGAGCUUUAGAAAGGCCAAGAAUGGCUUCUAAGUCACAGGAGCACAAAAGCGGCGAUUUGCAAAGCAUCACAUUGAGUGAGGUGGGAAGUUGUCAGAUUCUGGGUUUUUCACCAAACCUCCCGUAAUGUAAAGAUUGCUUCUAACAUGUUUAAGUUAAAGCUGCUUGAAUAAUAUUUUGCUGAAGAGUGAGAGAUGCAUUCAUCGCCACGGGUACACGGUCCAAAACAACGCGUCCCCAUGACAGCCAGCCGAGGGCGACUGGAAACACUGACCCAAAGUCCCCAGACGGCUCCCGACCCUGACGGGAGCCGCCUCUGGCCACGUCUGCGCCUCUGGUCCCCAGGGCAUCCCUGUCACUGCGGGCCGCGCCUGUGCCCGCAGCACCCGUGUCCCCGUCUUGCAUGUUUGAGAUGCGCGGGGCCCACAUCCGGGCGCCCUGCUCCCCGCGGGGAUGUCAGCUGUGUGGGUCCCUCCGCACACGUCUACACCCGGUGACUGGUUCCUGCUGUAGUCACGCCAACACUACGACCGUGGCAGAGCUCCCCGAAGGGAAGGCGAUCUGUGCGUGUGCCGUCGUGCUCGCACGCGCACGCAGCUGUGUGGAGCGGGGGCUCCGCGAGAGCGGCCGUCCUUGCGUGUCCAGCUUCCACAUCACGUUUGUAAUUAAAACCCUUUUAAAAGUGAA